AUGAGCCUCGUCACACGGGGCGUCCCGGUGCGAUGGGUGCCGAUGGCCAGCCCAGUGACCAUCUCUGCAGAGGUCGGCAGCAAGGCCUUCAGCUCCAGCAUGGCUUUCCAGGACGACGUGUCAGCACUCGGUAAGCUGAGAACAUCUGUUGCGGCGGUCAAUGCAAUGUGGACCGUGCAUGCCACUGCGUUUCGUUUGCAUGCAUCAAGAUAUGGUGUGGCAGAGAUCGUGGACGAGCGCAGCGGGCCCUCAUCGAAUGAUAUGGACACCGAUGGUACACCAUUGCAAGCCGUUCCCGAACGAACGAAUGAAUCUUUUUGUCUCCACUGCUUACUGCACUGCAGAUAUCGUGAGCGAGGAGCCCCGUGAAGCGACGAGCGUGAGUAGCGUGACGACCAAGAAGAAAUCGAAGAGCCCGAAAGGUAAUACUAUGGGCACUUGGGAGAUAGAUCAGCACAAUGUGUUCAUCCAAUUGUGCUGCGUUGCUAUGGUGCCCAGGUGUGUCUAGUUUUGUCGUUGCUGAAGUGGCGCAUCAGGUGCGGGGCAAGAGGAAGCGCACGCCCAAGAAGCUACCCGAAGACGGUAUGGAGACAGACAUACAGAUAGACAUAGAACAAAGCUGCACCUGCCACCCCAUCAGCCGGCCUGAUCGGUGUGCUUUCUGCCAUGUAUCUUAAUUCCAUUGAUACAUACAGAGGUGGACCCCACCAAGGGCCGGCUGCUCAACGGUGGCCUACACCUACCGCCAGCCCGUCCCCGUCGCACGCAAAGGAAGAAGGCCGCCAUGCAAUCAAAAGUCCAGGAGGAGCGGCCCCCCAUGCUCAAGUCAUCGCAGCCCCUCCCCACCUGCCCCACCCCUCACACCCCAGACCAUCUCCUGCCCCCCACCCACCAGGCCGACACCGAGAUUGUGGUCAAAGAUGGCUAA